AUGAUGGUUCGGACUGCUGUGUAUCUUUCUUUAGCAUUUCUAUUUUUAGCAAAUGCUGUGUCGUCGGAAGCCACAACGGGCGAGGCGGUGGUGCGGGUGGCGAUCGGCGCUCCGCUGACUGUGGAGUGCGGACUUCGCGCCGAGCAGCGAGCAGAGUGGCGACGCGAUGGUGGCCCGCUGCCACCUGGUCUUCGCGCUGAGGAGGAAGAUGGCGAGGCACGCUUGCGUGCGCGACUGCGUGCAUCGGCUGCGCGGCCGCACCAUGCAGGGCUCUACACCUGUUCACCCGAGCGCGACCAGCGUGUGCGCGUACUCGUGCACGCGAACCCCGCAGCCACACACGCCGCGCCCGAUGAGGCCGCUCCGUCGGUCGUCGAGGUGAGCGGAGGAGACGGCAGUAUCCGUGACAGCGGAGAUGUACUCUUCGAUGUGCGCUCCAAUAUUACGCUGCGUUGUGACGCAGCCGCCGGUGGUGGCGCCGUGGCCUGGCAGAAGAACGGCACCGCACUCGAGGAAGUCUGGGAAAUGAAGGACCGCUACACCUUAGAACAUGGCGGAAUAGAGUUGCACGUCAAGCGUGCCGCCGAAGACGACUACGGCAACUACUCGUGUUCCCUGCCCGGUCAAUCAGCCGCUACUACCUGGGUAGUCCGGGCCCGUCCUCAUCUCAAACUACCGGCCAACAGCAACGUAGUCGAGGGCCAGAAGCUUAAGCUGACGUGCAAGGUGCUCGGAAAGCCGUACCCGCGUAUCGUGUGGAGCUACUCCAACUCGACCGAGGAUGGCGCGCGUUUCGAACCGGUGACCGGGGUUAACUUGAGUGAGAGCGAGCAAGGAGUUGUGGACGGUACUUUAGUGCUGCCCGACGCAACACGCUCUCACGCAGGCCGUUACCGCUGCGAAGCUCUCGACGCGUUCGCGCCGGCCGAAACUCUGCUGCGCGUCAAGGACAAAUACGCGGCGCUCUGGCCCUUCCUCGGAAUCUGCGCUGAGGUGUUCGUACUCUGCGCCAUCAUCCUUGUGUACGAGAAGCGCCGCACCAAGCCCGACCUCGACGAUUCCGACACGGACAACCACGACCAGUGA